GGUUGCAACAUCUUUCCCCCUUAGCCACCUAAACUCACGCCGCCUAGUUCCGGCCUUGAAACGUCGUCAGCCUUCGCUGCACGAGCAAGCAACACCCUCUUAAUUGCGAAGACCCAUGGAGAACUCGGACGACAGGGCGGAAGUGGUCCUCCUGGCUUGUGGGUCUUUCAACCCCAUCACCAACAUGCACCUCCGGCUCUUUGAACUGGCUCGAGAUUACCUGCAUGAAACGGGGAAAUACAAAGUGGUGAAAGGGAUCAUUUCCCCCGUGGGGGAUGCAUAUAAGAAGAAGGGGCUGAUUAACGCUAGCCACCGGGUGGCAAUGGCAAAGCUUGCAACGGAAAAUUCCAGCUGGGUGGAAGUGGACAACUGGGAGAGCUGCCAAAAGGAAUGGCAGGAAACCAUCAAAGUGCUCAGGUAUCACCAACAGAAGCUGAAACAUUCAUCUGCUGCUAAUAAUUUGGAGGAAGAAGCUCCUCUAUGCAAACCGGGCCGGAAGAGGAAACGGGAAGCUGGUGGGCCACUUCCCGUCAGGAGGAAUCAGCCCAAUUUAGAAAUUAAAGGCAUCCCCCAGCUCAAGUUGCUCUGUGGGACAGACGUCUUGGAGUCCUUUCAGAUCCCCAAUCUCUGGAAGCCAGAAGACAUCACAGAAAUUGUGGCAAACCACGGCAUGGUGUGCAUCACCCGAGUCGGGAACAAUGCUCAGAAAUUCAUCUAUGAAUCUGAUGUGCUCUGGAGACACAAGGAGAAUAUCCACCUGGUGGAGGAAUGGAUCACCAAUGACAUCUCGGCCACCAAAAUCCGGAGAGCCCUGAGGAGGGGCCAGAGUGUGAGAUACCUGGUGCCUGACCUUGUUCAGGCUUACAUUGAGCAGCAUGAUCUGUAUACUGCAGAAAGUGAAGAUCGGAAUUCGGAAGUUAUCCUUGCUCCCUUGAAGAGAUAUGCAAGGGAACGUACAAAAAACUGAGUCCUCCAUCUCUGGUAGGAAGAAGAGCAGAUGGGAGACACUUGAAGGGGAAAUGCUGGUUCUUUCACUGGUCAUAACACUGAAGGCAGGGGGAUCCUUUUGCAUGCUGGGGCAACUAUUUUGCGUAGGGUUGCCAACUGACCAGGAUAAACCCCAUCUCGGCCUGCUCCUGUACCUUUUAGCAACAGCUUCAUCUGCAGAAAUCAGCAGCUGACAUUUUUUGCAGCAUGCUGCUAUACUUGAUCAUCAUUAACCUCUGCAGAUUGAACUAUCCUCAAAGGCACAGGAGCAGGGACUGGUGAAGAAGUUGGCAACCCUAGCUUUCUGCAUUUGAAUCCCAAGCCCUGUUCUGCCACAUUCUAUUGCAUGUGUGAAUGCUGGACUUGCUCCAAACGCACCAGCCGUUCCGUUCUCCUUUAUGAGGACUGGAAUAUUGGUGAACAGAGUGUAUGUAUGUGUGAUGGGUUUUCCUUUUAUACAGGUCUGUGUAUCAUAAGUAGCUGGCGCAGGCCGAAGUGCUGAAGAGAUCGGCAAAGAGAGCGAAGAGAGUGCUUGUGAGGCACCCAAUGCAGUUUGAGCGACACUUCCUGUUUCCUAUUAAACACGCUCAUUUGGGUGGAGACCAGUGGCUGGUGAUAGAGAUGGAGGGACAGAGCGUCUCCCAUCUGUGUCAUGGCCCCAUCCUCCAAAUGGUGACUUUCAACACGAGAAUGGCACUCAAAGCUCAUGUUCCUCCCUUUAUGCGAUGCUAGAGUGGGCAGGGCUCCCAAGCGUUAAAGGGGAAGCCGCAGAACUGGGUGGAGCUCCAUGCAAGAAGAAAUAUGAUGUUCUUGGAGGUGAUGGUUACGCGCAAAAGGUGUCUUACGGGGAGGAAAUGUCUGCCACUCUAGUGAAUCCUACCUCCUCAUCUUCUGAGCAUUCUCACAUUCAGAGCCACGCAGCCUGACCCCAUGCACACUGACCAGGAGUAAGUCCCCCUGGUCCCAUUGUGAGCGUCUCCAAGUGCCUUCUUGUCUGGCAUGUCAGCAUAAUCUUAAAGAGAUAUUGCCAGUUAAUCAAUCGAUUAUACCUAAACUACUUGCUUGUGGAGUUUGGCCUUGUUAGGUUGCCGCACCUCCUGCGUUCACAGAAUAGAAUUGGGUUUUUUCAUGCUUUCUAGUAAUGUGAUUCAAGCAUAUUGGGGGGAAAAUGUUAACGGUGUCCUGUGACAUACAGAUAUUACAGGAGAUGUAGAAUAUGCACCCCUGGCUGACUUGCGAAGCUACAUGAACAAAAUAAACACGUGAUGUUAGUGAGUAACGGAUUAGCUGGCACAAAAAAACUGGUAAGGUGGAGGGAAAGAUAGUGGAUGCACGGUGUAGGGAAAUACCGAUUGUAACCAUGAUGCCACAACGAUUGAAGUCUAACAAGGCAAUAACAAAACAAUGAACAUUUUUGGGAAGAUUUGGAAGAAGAUUCUUCAAGGAUUAUUGAAUUGGAUUUGUUUAUAAAUUUUUUUUGUGGGGGGGAUGUUGCAAUUUGGUAUCUCUUUUUUAAAAAUGUGUUAAGGAAUUUUAAAUUGCGGUUUUUUUGUAAUGCUAGAACAGAGCCAUGGGUUCCCUGUUUAUCCAGCUGGUUUCCUUGUAGAAUCACACUUUGCUCUCUCCCAGAACCUACCCUUCUAAAUCAUAAUGCUGGUUUUUGUAGUGUAUGUGGUUUCCUUUUCUUCCCCUGCACUUUACCUCUACGAUACUCAAGAAGCACCAUGCACAAGUCAAGAGAUCAACAUCCGCCCAUGUGCUUUUUGAUGUCCUUAUGCAACGUGUGUGAAUUACAAUUAAACUGGUUUUACGAGA